AGUUGUAUCCUUACUUCAUCCCAUGCACAAAAAUAAAUUUCAAGUAGAUGAAAGACCUAAGUAUAAAAACAGAACUACGUACGUGGAGACAGAGUUGGAAGGAAAGUGUCGGGAUGUGGACAUGGAGUUCCUGAUCCCGGAGGCGGGCCUGGGGCCUGGAGCUGAAGAGGCUGUGGCCCGGGAGCGGUGGAAACUGGGAGAAGAGAAGAAGAAACUGCGCCACGCCGCCUUGCACUGGGCCUGUCCGAAGGGUCAUGGCCAGCUCGCGACCAAGCUGAUGGAGGCAAGUGCUGGGGACACUCACGACUUGCUGGACAGGACGCCGGUGUUCUGGGCCUGCUGUGGAGGACACCUGGACAUCCUCAAACAGCUGCUUAGCCAGGGAGUCCAGGUCAACGCCCGGGACAGGAUCUGGAGCACCCCCCUGCACGUAGCCGUGCACACGAGACACUGUGACUGCCUGGAGCAUUGUCGCAUGUGGACCCACAUUGAUGCCCAGGACAAGGCUUCAGUGACCCGGGGGCAGCUGGCGCGAAACGGGCAGCAGGGCGUCCGGGAAGCACUGCAGGCCCCCCGCGGGGCACCCUCGCACCCGGUCCUGCCGCCCGCAGCCCCGCACGGUCACUUCUCAGCCACCAUUCCACCCUUCACCCCCCACCUCCGUGUGCCCUCACGGUCGUCCACACCCCUCUGUGGUCUUCGUCCUUCUGGCCAGCCCCGCCCAGCAGGUGACAGCCGGCUUCCCUGGCUCCAAGGGUUGGCGAGGACUCGCUCCCUGCUGCGCUGUCGCCAGGAAGGGCUGACACGGGGAACCCCGGGGAAGCCGGACACAAAGCGGGUCCUCGGUGGCCCAGGUGGAGCAACACUGAAGAGUCCUAAGCCUCGAGCUGCCCGGGGCUGGGCGCUCGAUGUCCCCCCAUCCUCCGCCUGGGCCCCUCCCUCCACAAGGGCCAGUGUCCCGCCCGGCCACCAUCCAGGCCACACCGCUGUGGGGCACCGCGCAGCUGGCCAAGGCCCUUGGGGCAGGGCUUUCUCUGGGGACUCCACUGCCCCCAGCUCCAGCCAGCUCGGGCCUUCUGGCUCCUGGAGCUGGGUGUGGCAGGCUGGAGCGGGUGCCUGACGGGGUCGAGACCCCACUGCCGCACCUGCCCAGUACCAACCUGGUUGCCUCAGAAGCCCCGACACACAAGCCAGAGCUCACAUUUAUUUUCGGGAAACCUCGCGCCCACAUCUGCAGGCCUCGGUCCACCUGCCUGCCGCUCUCUAGCUGGCCAGCUGAUGGCGCCCCGUGCCGGGGUGACAUACCUGGGAGCUGGGGAUUGCUCCUGGCCCACCCAACUUUUGGGGUGGCGGCCCGCAACCCUCCUUUGCCCCAGGCAACGUCACGCUAGCACUAGAGCCUGAGCCCUGGCCUGGGCCGCGUGGCCGCACCUGCUCGGCCCUGAAGGGGAAGCAGAGAGCGAGCAGCACCCCUACUGCUCCCCCGUCUCUGCGUGGGGGCAGGGUCAGGACCCAGCUGCACACAAGUUCUCACACUUCCUUCCCCUCCCUGCCUUUUCUCUUUCACGCCGCGCUGGCGGAGACCCAUGCUGCUGGCGGGGCUGGGUCCUGAACUGGCACAAAGUGAGUUUUAAGGAACUCUGCCCUAAAUGGAGAACCACAGGCCGAGGGACCGGCUGAUGAAGGGUCAGGCUCCCUCAUGUACGUAAAGUACCUGGAUGGACAUCCAUUUUGCAGUUCUCUCUAGUCUAACGCGGCGGCCUUCUUGGGCCAAGCACAAGGCUAUUCUCACUAUGUGAAAAAGUGACUACAGCCCUCACACACCUUCUCUUGCCAAAGGCAGCUCCAGCCCUGCGGGGAACUGUGGUGACAGUUCACCCAGGUGCUGGAGCCAUAGGAGAAGCAGGUGUUCAAGUUCAUGGAGAAGACGACUCUCCAUCUAGAAGAUGGGGACCCUUUUAUACACUUCGUUUUUUGUUCAUUGAAACUGUUGACUAUCCAUCACAGCUUAGUUGUUCUGGGCUGGAGGGUGGGGGCAGCUAAUUAGGCCCAGGACCUGGUCUUCCUCAGCAGCAAAAGCUCAACCUGUUAACCAUAUGGGCCUGACAGCAAGACAGGCCCCCAAGUGCAGAGUGGGGCAUCCAGGCACUUGGCUCUUGUGCUCAAGGCAUCUCUCCGCUCGUUGAUGGCCAAGUUCAAAGAGCAGUGGUUCUCAGCCUUGGCUGCUUAUCACAAUCACAAGGAAGGUUUUAAAAGACCUGAUGUGCAAGCUAAUUAAAUCAGCGUCUCUGGGGGUGGGACCCAGGUAUCCCCAUCAUCAUGCAGACGACAUACCUAUGUAGGAAAUCCUUAGGAAUCUACAAAAAACACCUAGAAUAAGGGAGUUCAGCAAGAUCUCAGAAUAUAAGAUAAACCUACAAAGACGUUAUUUCUACGUAUUAGCAAUGACUACAUGAACACAAAAAUUAAAAGCACAGUACCACUUAAAGUUGCCUUUAAAAACAAAAUACUUAGAUGUAAAUCUAACACUUAAGAACUUGUAUGUUGAAAACUACAACACACUGAUGAAUGAAAUCAAAGAUGACAAAUGAGAGACAUACCUUGUUCGUGGAUUGGAAGAUGAGAUCUAGUAAAGAUGUCAAUUCUCCCCAAAUUGAUACACAGCUUUAAUGCAGCUCCUACCAAAUAUCCCAGCAGGAUUUUUUUUGUAGAUAUAGUUAAUAAGAUGAUUUAAAAACUCAACUAAGGGACGCCGGAGUAGCUCAGUUGGUUAAGCAUCCAACUCUUGAUUUUGGCUCAGGUCAUGAUCUCAGGGUCUUGGGAUCA